AUGACCGAUGCGGAAUGGGCGGCAAGCAUGCGCCGGGUUCUCGGCCCACAUUUGGAGACCAUGGCUUCUGAGGUCCAGCAAUCUUGGGGUCCUGAGGUUGAUCCCGAGGCCAUGUUGCUGAGAUGGUUAUGCCAGCGGCAUAACUUGGAAGUUCCACCUAUCUCCGUGCGGCGAAGGCAGAAAGCCGAAGCAGCCAGGGGAUCUGCAGAAGACAGCGACGAGUCUUCAGCGAGGCAGCAAGCACCCCACAGUGCGAGGGCCGAGCCUUCAAAGCCGAAGGCGAAGGAGCCGCAGCCUCCGAAUAGCGCUAGGCUGCCUCCCAUAGGAAACAGGCAUACCGAAGCGAAGCGCGCCAGUCCAGCAGAGUGGAGGCCUGGCCCAGGCCAGAGCCUCCCCAUCCUGGAGGAGGAGUCCGAGGGCUCGCCUACCUCUCCGUCUCAGUCACCGAAGCACCAGCUCUCAGCACCAGCAAUGGCGCUGGAUCUUGGGGUCAAAGCUCUGACAACGAAGCCUUGGAAGUCAAACCUCAGCAUCAACUUGCCUGAGUGCAAGCCCUGGGAGAGGACCCUGCAGACCGUCCAGGACAGAGUUGUCUCGGACGAGCGCAGGCACACCAGCCACUCAGAGCUCCUCAAGGCUAACAAUCAACGUAUGCACGAUAUGAUGGCAUACAUGCACCAGGAAAUGCGCGGGCAGUUUUUGUCCAAGGUGCCACUAUUGUCAGACAAAGUUCUGGACGCCAAAACGCAGUUUCGGUUGGUCAGCUGCUUGAAGCCGCAGACUUUUGAGCGGGGAAAGCAUAUCAUCACAGAGGGUGAGGUGGGCGACAAGCUCUACAUCAUCGAGCGUGGUGUUUGCGAAGUCCUGAAGAAGCUGAACGACCGUGAGGUGACUAUCGGCCAGCUCAGCAAGGGUGCCUUCUUCGGCGAGAUCGCAGUCCUGUACGACAUGCCGAGAACCGCCACGGUGAGAACGCAGACUGCAGUCAUUGCCCUUGCCCUCAGCAGAGCUGACAUCCUCCAGCAGCUGAGCGCAGAGGACUUGGAGCGCAUGAAGCUCAUUGCACGAACGCAAGUCUUUGGCAGCGUGCCGUUGCUCGCGGACUUGGAUGCGGAGAAGAAGGCCAAAGUUGCCCUGGCGCUGAAGAGUCAGAAGUGGCACAAAGGAGCUCUUCUGGCUGGUCAGAAUCACAUAACGUCUCGGAUGUACAUCAUCGAGCAAGGAAACAUUCUCAUGACCCCACCGAAGAGGAACAAGUCUGCCACUGCCGCGCAGGAACUGCGCCUGGGACCCGGGCAGUACUUUGGGAUGCGGGGACUGCUUUUUGAAGCACCCAUGGGAUUCACCAUAACAGCAGACAGUGACGUGGUCAUGACGCUGUCCAUCAGUUACGAGGAGCUGGUAAACACUGCCGGCCCGGAGCUUGCAGAAAGGCAGGAAAUGGCUGCCCGACUGCACAGAUCCAUUCGAGCCCAUUUGGUGCGACAGAUUCCUGCCAUCAAAAGACUGGCAGAUGAGAACUUCCAAGCGGUUUUUCAACAAGCAGAGGAGGUCAAAUUCCAGAAGUGGAACGUGAUCUUCAAGCAGGGCUCCACCUUGAGAUAUGUCUACGUGCUCGAGAACGGCAAGCUUUCCGAAUAUGGCGGCUUGCUGGACCAACUUGUCGAGUGCAAUGGGCAAGUCAAGUUCAAGAAGUGGAAUGUCAUUGCAGACCAGGAUGCCAGCUCGGAGUAUGUCUACGAGCUCAAGUCUGGCCAGGUGGCGGUCUUUGAUGGCGAGCUCGGGGAACGCCGGCCAUUUGACCUGAAGGUCAGUACAGCCGAGGCUGCCAGGCUAGAUGUCAACUGCCCUGAGCAUGUGACUCCGGGCGAAUACUUUGGGGCGGAGUGCCUGUCAAGCAAGAGUGCUAUAGCGCCCUACACGCUUGUGGCCUUAACGGACGUAACGCUGAUACGCUUUCCACCAAGCUCCAUAUGGGCUGUUCAAGAGGAGCAGCGACAAUUCCUUUCAAGGAUCCAGCUCUUCUCGGAAGACGUCCUGACAAAGGAAGAGCAGUUCAUGCUCGUUGGCAAGCUGAAGCCAUGGAGUUUUCCAGCAGGCAGGUACAUCAUCCAAGAGGGGGAGAUUGGUGACAUGCUUUUCAUCAUUGAGCGUGGUGUCUGCGAUGCCUGCAAGCUGCUGGCUGAUCACGAGGUGGUCUUGACACAGCUCAAGAAGGGAGCCUUCUUUGGAGAGCUUGCAACAAUGUUUGACAUGCCCAGAACUGCUUCGGUGCGGGCAGCUACGCAUGUGACGGCCCUCUCCCUCACACGUGAGGACAUUUUCAGCCUCAUCACCGAGGAAAAGAUCACUAAGAUGCAGAUUCUGGCAAAGGCGCAGGUCUUUGGUAGCAUCCCCAUCUUGGCUGGCCUGACCGCCGCUGCCAAGAAUACCAUCGCCCGCAGGCUGCAGCGCCAGUUCUUCCGCAAGGGAGAAGUCAUUAUUGAUCCAGAGGAUGUGGCAGACAGGCUCUACAUAGUCGAGUCUGGCUCCGUGAUGGUGCAGUGUGGCGACGUGGAGAAGGGACAGCUCCUGCUAGCUGGCAUGUCUUUCGGCAUGGACAGACUGCUGUAUGAAGAGCCAUAUGACAUCAAGGUGAUUGCCCAGUCAGAUGAGGUCAAGACGCUGUCCUGCACUCUCCCGGACAUCUUCGCUUCCGCGGGAACUGGAGAACAAGAAGCACUGGAGAGGCAGAUCAGGAGAGCUUUGAACAUGUGGCUACUCAAGAGUGUCUGCCUCCCCGGUGAGUCUGAUGACCGUCUGGCGACUGCUCUGCGGCAUUGUGAUGUGCUAGAGUUUGAGGCGGGUGCUACUGUCUUCGAAGAGAAGGACGAGUUGAAUUCCGCACCAAGCUCAUCAGCUGCUGUUUGUAACAUCUAA